AUGCCGCCAUUCCAGUUUAGAGGUAAUUCCAACUAUCGGGGCUCGCGCCCCAACCCCAAGCACGAAUUCAGCUUCCGCUACCGACCACCUCCCACAUCGGACCGACCACUCUUAUCCCGGAAGAGGGAGACUACACCUGAGCAACUACAGGGAGAAUCGGAGACCAAGGCUCCAUUGAAGUUUGCCUCUUUGGAUGCCUUGAGCGACAGUGGAGAGGCGGAGAUGGACACGUCCGAUGGCGACUCCGAUACCGAGCGACCCCGAAAGAGGCGCGCAAUGGGCUUAGAUGGUCUUCACGAAAACACGGCGGCUCCCCCACCUCCUCCUCCGGCCCCAAAAUGGUCCAACCCGGACCCAUACACCGUGCUUCCCCCACCAAGCGAGCAAACAAACAAGAGGGUCGAUGUCGUCAAGCUGAUCCGCAAAGCGAGACUUGACAAUGCUGCAAAGACAAACGCGAGCGACGCAGUGAAGGAAAACUCAGAUUUCAUUUCUCUCGGCGCGAUGCCGGAUCCAGAACCCGAAAACGACGCGCCUGCAAAUGCCCCCAGAGGACCAAAGGCCCAGGAAAGCAUGGAUGCUGGACCUGGAAACCGAAAGAGAACGCGCGAGGAUGAGCUGAAAGGGUACUCCAGAAAGACUGGCAAGCCUGCGAGUAGAUACAACUACGACGGCUCAGUUAUCGAUCAGUGGCUACCGCUAUCCCAGGAGACGGGCACGCCUUGGUUUGAGUCCACCCCGACUUCCCUGCAUAUGGGAACACAAUUGAACCACGAGAUUCUCAGUUUCUACAACUGGGCUAAGCCACAGGAGUUCGAAAACAUUGUCCGCAGAGAUCUUGUGGAGCGUUUGAAUAUUGCAUUCAAAAACCGAUACCCCGGCGUUGAAAUUCAUGCUUUUGGUUCCUUCGCUUCUGGACUCUAUCUGCCCACUGCAGAUAUUGACUUGGUGCUGUUGUCCAAUUCUUUCAGGCGUACAGGUGUUCGCACAUUUGGAGAGAGGAAAGGACAAAUCUAUGCAUUUUCAGGUUUUCUGAAAGGAACGAACAUCGCUGUCCCUAACUCGAUUGAGUGCAUUGCGCAUGCUCGAGUUCCAAUUCUCAAGUUCGUUGACAAGCUGACUGGGCUGCGUGUUGAUAUGUCUUUUGACAACAACAGUGGGCUGAUCGCGAACGAGACCUUCCAGCAAUGGAAGACCCAGUUUCCCGCGAUGCCAGUCAUUCUUUCGGUGAUUAAGCAGUUCUUGUUGAUCCGGGGCCUCAAUGAAGUCCCAACUGGUGGACUGGGAGGUUUCUCUAUCACUUGCCUGGUAACAAGUCUGUUGCAGCACAUGCCCCAGGGCCAACAGCAGCCCAACCUUGGAAGCAUUUUGAUGGAUUUCUUCAACUUCUACGGGAAGUAUUUCCAGUUCGGGCAUGUCGGGAUUCGCUUGAAUCCACCGGGAUAUUUCAACAAGAUUUAUUUCGGAAACCCCGAUCGUCUUACCAUCGAAGAUCCCAACAACCGUGACAACGAUAUUUCCGGGGGCACACGUGAGGUUGACUUGAUCCUCCGCACCUUCGCAGGUGCCCACACCACCCUCAAGAACCGUAUGGAGUAUCUCGCACUGGUCCAAGGACCAAACAAAAGCAUUCUGGGACCAAUCAUUGCCGGCAAUUUUGAGGAAUACAUCGAACAACGCAACCAACUUCGUCGGGUCUUCAUGUCAGAAAACAGAUUCGCGAAGCACAGAGUGCCUCCUCCACCGCCGCCACCAGAAUCUUAUCCAGUCGAUGGAGCUUAUUCUCCUCCACCGUUGCCUCCUGGACCUCCGCCCCCUGGCCCGCCCCCAGGUCCGCAGCAAAGACCGAUCAAGAAAGCGAAGUCCAAGUUGAAAACCACGAUCUCUGAGUUGGAAAUCAUCUCUUCGGAUGAAUCAACAGGCGAGACAAAGUCGCCCAAAGCCCGCAAGGGUGAAGUAAGACGACAGGCGUGUCGCGAGCGCGCUGCUAGAAUCAAACGCCUCAGGCCCGAUCUCACAAAGCUCCCCACCUCUCUGAGUAUCCGCCAGGCUCUUCGACACGCCGGGUAUGAGACCGAUGCGCAGAUGGAACACGACUUGGCUUUCAGAGAGCAACAAGCGGCAGCCUAA